CCUGUCAGUGAGCGACCAGAAAAGCUCUCUCCUCAAGAAAACCCCAGACUGAGGGAUCGUCAGCCACUCGGGAGGCACUGUUCCAAGAAUCUCCUCAAAGCCAUGGACAGCACACUGGGGAAAGAUCAGAGCUGGAUACCUAAGGUGAUUAAGAAGAAAACUUGUUCCACCUUCCUAGAGGAUACGACCACACAAAGCAAGCAACCACUCUGCCAAUGUGGCAACCCCAAGGCUUGCCACAACUCAGUUGCAACAGAGGACAACUUCGGAGCUGCCAUUGUCAGCAGGUGGAACACGGCUGAGCACACAACAGAGGAGCCGACCGACGCGUUUGGAGACAUUGAGUUUUUUGGGAAAGGGAGGAUACACGGCAAGUUUGUGCGACUUUCCUCCGACACUGAUCCUGCCAUCGUCUACACUCUGAUAACCCAAUUCUGGGGGAUCCCUCCUCCCAAUCUGGUCGUGUCUGUUGUCGGGGGAGAAGGGAGCUUAAAGAUGAAGACCUGGCUGAAGGACAUUCUCCGUCAAGGACUGGUCAAAGCAGCACAAAGUACCGGUGCAUGGAUUGUGACCAGUGGACUGCAAGUUGGCAUUGGCAAGUAUGUUGGCCAGGCGGUGCGUGACCAUGCUAUGGCAAACACACGGUCAACCGCAAAGGUAGUUGCCAUGGGGAUAGCACCAUGGGGAAUAGUGUACAAGAAAGAUCGUCUUGUGAACCCCAAGGGUUCGUUUCCUGUACAGUACACAGUGGGCAGUGAUAAGGAGGCAGACCAUGCGCUGGACGACAAUUACUCUGCCUUCCUUCUGGUGGAUGAUGGGACCAACAAUCGGAUGGGAGGAGAAAUCCAGUUCCAGGCCCGACUGGAGGAACAUAUAUUGACACAGAGGACGGGAAUCGGAGGGAGGGGAAGUAUUGAGAUCCCAGUGCUGUGCCUGCUGAUCAAAGGAGGGCCCAACAUGCUGGAGAGAAUUUACAAGGCGACGAUGAACAACAUCCCAUGGCUAAUCCUGGCGGGAUCGGGAGGGAUGGCGGACAUCCUGGCUGAGGUCAUGGUGAAAUCCUUCACAGCGGAAACUUUGAAGGAGGAAGUGGAAGGGCGGAUCCGAAAGCACUUUCCCUCUGAAGAUGUCCACAGUCUGGUGGAGCUGGUGGAGAAGAUUUUUGAAAACAAGCACCUGGUGACUGUCUACAAUGCAGAUCUGGAUGGGACAGAGGAGUUCGAUACGAUGAUUUUGAAAGCACUUUUCAAAGCCUGCAAGAAGCAGAGCACCAACGCCGAGGCGUACCGCGAUGAGCUGAAACUGGCAGUGGCCUGGAGCCGAGUAGAUCUUGCCAAGAGCCAAUUAUUUAACGGAGAAAUCCUGUGGAAGUCCUGUGACCUGGAGGACCCCAUGACCGCUGCUCUGGUGAACAACAAGCCGGAGUUCGUCAAGCUCUUCAUUGACAACGGGAUCAACAUGGUGGAGUACCUCUCGUACCGGCGCCUGGAGGAGCUCUACAGCUCAGUGGCGGGGAACUCCCUCCUUCACACCUUCCUUCAGAAGAAGAAGGAGGAGAGGCGGUCAUUGCAAGGCAAGGAGGCUACGCUCCUGCCCGACAGCGCAAGCAUCGAUGGGAGUCAUCGGAGCUACACACUCCUCGAGGUGAUGAAAGUGCUGAAAGAUCUGAUGGGAGAUUUUAACGAGCCGAUGUACGGACAACUAUUCAAACAGACUGACUCUCGGAAAAACGAACUACUGCUGAAACCCCAGGAGCUUCCCUAUCAAACGAGGAAGUGCGCCUCUCCUUGGACUGACCUGUUCAUCUGGGGAGUCCUGCAAAGCCGCAAUGAGAUGGCCACCUACUUCUGGGAAAUGGGUGGGGAGUCGGUAUCUUCUGGCCUUGUUGCCUGCAGGAUUCUGAGGGAAAUGGCUCACCACCAGCCAGAAGCUGAAGGGGCCCAAGUUAUGAAGGAAAUGGCUGCAAAAUUUGCACAAUUGUCACUAGAUGUUUUUAACCAGUGUUACCGCCACAACGAGAAGCGAGCGUUCUGCCUGCUGGUACGGCAGUGCCCUCUGUGGGGAAGGGCCACCUGCCUGCAGCUGGCCACUGAGGCCGACGCCUGGAAUUUUCUCGCCCACGAUGGAGUCCAGGCCCUCCUAAAUCAGAUCUGGUGGGGAGAGAUGGACAGAAACACUGAGACCUGGAAGCUCUGUCUCGCCUUCUUCUGCCCCCCUUUCAUCUACAGUAAACUCAUCAAGUUCAGCAACAGCACAGAAGAGCAAAUCACAGAAAAGACCGUGUCUGAUUUGGACAGUAUUGAUGGUGACUUACUGAUUCAGCCAUCUGAGGUCUCCUGUGGAAGUGAGGCUGACGUCAGGGUGAAGCCCAGCAAUGCACGGCCAUUUUGGAUGACUCGAUGGAAGCAGUUCUGGGGUGCCCCUGUCACUUCGUUCUUUGGAAACGUCAUUAUGUAUUUUGCCUUCCUGUUUCUCUUUGCCUACGUCUUGAUCUUGGAUUUACCACUUGCGAGCCCGUCCAGGAUGGAGCUCAUCCUGUACUUCUGGGUCCUCACACUCGCCUUCGAGGAGAUUCGGCAGACCUUCUUUGUCAGCAUGAAUAUCUCCAUGAAGAAGAAGGUGAAGUUGUAUUAUCAGGAUAUGUGGAACAAGUGCGACAUUCUGGCCAUCCUUAUGUUCAUCGCCGGGGUCAUCUGCAGGAUGUUCAGCUCCUGGUUCGAGAUGGGCCGCGUCAUGUUGUGCCUCGACUUCAUGGUCUUCUCCUUUCGCCUGGUUCACAUCUUCGCUGUCAACAAACAGCUCGGCCCAAAGAUCAUCAUCGUGGGGAAGAUGAUGAAAGAUGUAUUUUUCUUCUUGUUCUUCCUGGGUGUCUGGCUCAUGGCUUAUGGGGUCGCCACUCAGGGACUCCUGUACCACACUGAAACCCGAGCCAGCUGGAUAUUCCGCCGGGUUUUCUACCGACCCUACCUGCAGAUCUUCGGGCAGAUCCCACUCGAUGAAAUUGACGCUGCUCGGUUUCACUCCAAAUGCAGCACGGGUAACCUCACCACAGGCCUGGAAGAUGAGCUGUCUCCCUGCACCAACGCCUAUGCUAACUGGUUGGUCAUCCUGCUCCUGACCAUCUUCCUCCUGGUCGCCAACAUCCUGCUGGUCAAUCUGCUCAUCGCCAUGUUCAGUUACACCUUCAAUAAAGUUCAGGAAAAGAGUGACAUCUACUGGAAGUUCCAGCGGUACAACCUAAUUGUGGAAUAUCACAAACGGCCGGCCCUCGCUCCACCCUUCAUCAUCCUGAGCCACAUCCACAUCUUCAUCAAAAGAAACAUCCGGAAGGUCCCGACCGUGAAGGGCACACUCUUCAGAAUGGACCUCUCAGAGGCUGUCACCAAUAGGUUGAUGACUUGGGAAGCGGUGCAGAAAGAGAACUACCUAGUGUCCCGCAACAGAAUCAAACGAGAAAGCAACAUGGAGCAGCUGAAGAGGACUGCACAAAAGGUUGACAGUGUUUUAAGUUACAUAACUGACAUCAGAGAGCAUGACAGGCGGCUGAGGGUACUCGAAAAACAGGUGGAUUACUGCACUGAAGCCUUAAAGUGGUUGGCAGAGUCCUUACUGCAAAGCGACCUCAUCAGGAACAACAGAGCACCGCCCACAUUUACAGGUCCUUCAUCUAAAAAAGACAGCAAGCCAUAACUAUUCGAUAAUGAAAACAGCCUCACCAACGUUAACUGUGGAGUCGCACUGUGAGUGCCAGGGUCCUUAACUUCACCGUCCAAUCAUGCACAACAAGCCAAGGCUAAAUUCCAGUCCCGUGGGACUGAGUCUGGAACUCCUGAUCCCAAUGUGGUUCCCUCCUUUCCCAAGCUGGAAGCUCGCAAUCACAGUUGUUGCAAAGCUUUUCGUACUUGUGUGUGUAGGGUGGCUGGUGCAGAGCAAGGGAUGCUCGAGGCAAAGGGCCAGCACAGAGAUAAUGGGCUGAAUGUCUUCUUCUUGCAUUGUAAACUGCAUCCUUUGACUCUGUAAAGAAGUUAAAUCUUGGUAUUUUCCUUUGAACAAGUAGAACGAUUAAUUUGUAAGGCCCUUACAAUUUAACCCUUAGACUGCUGGCAGGUUCAGGAAAUUUCCAAUCUCCCUGGAGCAUGUGAUUUUGUUUGUUCCUUUAUUUUGUUACAUGUGUGAGGUUUACACGAUUGUUAUGCUUUAGGACUAUAUUUUUUGGUUUAUAAGAUUAUCAUAGUUUGGGGCUGUAUCUGUAAAUGUAGAUUAAAUACGAACAUAUGAAUGAGGAGCAGGAGUAGGCCACUCGGCCCCUUGAGUCUGUUCUGCCAGUCAAUAAGAUCAUGACUGAUCUGAUUGUUACCUCAACUCCACAUUCCCACCUAACCCAUAUAACCUUUCACACCUUUGCUGAUCAAGGCUAUCUACCUCUGCCUUAAAAGUAUUAAGACUCUGCUUCCACUCGCUUCUUGAGGAACUGAGUUCCAAAGGCUCAUGACCCUCUGAGGGAAAAAAUUUCUCCUCAUCUCUGUCUUAAAUGGGUGACCCCUUAUUUUAAAACAGUGACCCCCCUAGUUCUAGAUUCUCCCACAAGAGGAAACAUCAUUUCCAGAUGCGCCCUGUCAAGACCCCUCAAGAGCUUAUAUGCAGCUAAAUGAUGGUAAACUCGGGGAGGUUUAAUUGUUAAAGAUCAUAAGAAGACUCAAAUUGUGUUAUUGAAAGGGAAGUGCCAAAUUUUUACUUGGGGACAAUGACAGCUCUUUCUAAGUCCAAAAUAAAAAGACCACAAGUCUCCUAAGAUCCAGACAGGUGUUAUCAAUAUCAAACUGUAAAUAGUUGUGCUGGAACGUGUUCCUUUGUUUCUAAGAUGAAAAACAGUGGUGAUCAGAGAUAGCUGAUUAAUAUUUCUACUUAGAUAUAAGGUUAGUGUGUUUCCUGUUGCCAUGGGGAGGAGGGUAGAGGAGGCCAUUUUGAGAUCAGGUUAUAGGCUUCCCUAAAAACCCAGAGGUAUCCACAGAUAGAGUGGAAGUUGCAGUUUGGUGUUGGGGGACCUUCAGCUGACUGGGAGUUGGUCACAAGAAAAGAGAUAGAUGUUAACCAGGCCUUGGGCAGAGAAAAUGUUGACUCUACCAUUCAUCACAUGGAAUAAGGGUGGGAGCUUGCACUCAGUUUGUAGAUCGGGCUCGUGAGGAGUUAAAACAAGGCUGGGGGAUUGGCCUUGCUGAAGCUCAAGGGGGAAUCCCCAGGAAAACUCUCUCAGUGGAAGAUAAUAUUGGGAAAGGAAAAGAACAGAAGUAAACCCAUCGGGAGCUGCGAAACACUUUGGAUUGAUUCCAGGAGAUUAGAUGUCCACUUAAGGGACCGAGUAACGUAACAGAAUUGAGGUUUAUGGUUCUCAUUAAAAGCAGAAAAGGGCAAACCGUUUGGUAUUUUAAAGAACAAGUUUCCUAUGAGAAAGGAAAUAAUGUUUACUUAAUAGUGUUCUGCCUUUAGUCUUUGAUACAGUAAAAGUUCUUUUAAAACAUGUGUUACAAUCCCGAGGUCCCCCAAUAUAUUAACCUCCUGAAAGGGACCCCAGUUUUGUUAUGCUCUCGGGUGAGGAGGAAUGAGCUGGCUCCCCUUCUUUACUCAACCCCCUCAGUUGGUCGCAACAAGGUUAAUUUGAAAGGCAUCCCUUCCCCUGCGGAUACCUUUUCCCAGUCCAAGUGUGUUUUUUUUUAAG